AGGCCUACAACAUCUACCUUGUGCACUUUCACCCCACCCGACAUGCGCUGCUCGUGAUUUGCACCGCUGCCUAAAUCUCGAGCCUGGUUUAUCUACACACGAUGCGCGAGCACGCGCAGGGGUCGUCAUCUGAGUGACUUCGCCUCGCAACGCCCAAACAAAACCGUAAACGAGCAAGCCCGGCCCAAGCUGAGCCAUCACGUCUGUCUGUCACAGGCGCAUACCAGCAAACGCCCUCUUAGAGCCGCUAUUCCUCCUCAAUUCGCCUGGUCACUGUCCAGCCAGCAUGGCCAAGAUCGAUGCGGCGCGCAACUACUAUGCGGACCUGAGCAUCCCCGCCACCGCCAGCGACAACGAUAUCCGCAAAUCGUUCCGCAAGCUCGCACUCGAGUGCCAUCCCGAUCGGCAUCCCGGCCACGAGCAGGAAUGGGUCGCGAAGUUCCAGCAGAUUCAGGCUGCGCAUGAGGUGCUGAGCGAUCCCCAACAACGUGCCAAGUACGAUGCAGAAAGGAAGAAGUUCAGGAAUCUAAACAUACCGCCAUAUAACCCUCCGAACACGCCACGAAGCCGUCCCCCGCCACCUCCUCGCAACACCUACACAAGUACACCUCACGGCGGGCAGUACUAUCGCGCUCCUCCACCUCAGCCUCAGCCUCAGCCUCGGCCUGGCCCACAGCGACCUGCGCCUCAGCACCACAACACCUACACAAAUGGCGCAGAUCGCUUUACGAGCAAGAACUUCAGGACCCCGCCGACCGCGCAAAAGCCACCUCCUGCGGCUGGGAAGGCGAACGUCUUCACGGCAUGGCAGAAGAUGAAGCAGCCGCAGGCGGAGCCGCCGAGACCCCCGCCGAAUCCGAACAAUCCGAACGGUGUACCCUUUGGUCGCAGCCAGAGUACGAGAGUGCCAUCCUCUAGCAAGAAAGGCUUUGACCCCAACUCUCUCGGUGCCGAUGAAGGGCAGGCGCGCUCAGCAUAUCGCUCCAACUAUGAGCGACCAAAAGCGUCUCCCAUGGGUGAAGACAUCCCAGAGGAUGUGCCAUUCUCGGAGGGAAAUCGCGUGCGAACACCAUACUUCUCGACCAAGUCAGGAGAGCGGACGUCAAUGUUUGGAGACGGCGUUAGCAGAUCCGCCAGCGUUCGCAAUUCGCCUACCCAUCGACCAGCCUCUUCUACCGAUCCUGGUUCGUUUUCAGAUUCGGGACAUCGACAGCGGGCUUCUUACAGCGGCCCUCCAAAGGAUAACCCGUUUCCCCAUAUGUAUGUCUCAAGCGGUGACGAGGAAGACGAAGCCUCCGUAUUCAGCAAAGGCAGGAAGCACCGUGGCCCAUCUCCACCUAAAGACUCUCCACAACAGCGAACCAGCUCCAAUGUUUUUGGAACUCCACAGCAUGAUGCACAGCAAGGCAAUGGCACUUCGCCAAACCCUUUCAAGAGCAAGAGCGAAGAAAGCAUCAACAUGAAGUUUUCGCCCGGGCAAUGGACCGGUAAGUUCGAAGGGGCAGGUUACUUCGUUCCGACUCCGCAGAAAAGUGGCACGAGCAAGGGUCGCGUAUCACCCUCUCGCGGCAGGUCCAGUCAACGCUCGGCCACCGACAAGAAACCCUUCACAGGUCAGCCGCAACCGCCGCCGCCUGUGUCUCCAUUCUCCCAGUUCUCUCAAAUGCCACCUCCUCCACCAGGACCUCCGCCACCUUUGAAGACGCAAACUGCAUUCCCUAGCGGAAGUGAUUCUGCACCUCACACUGCCAAGUUCGCGCCAGAUGUUUGGACCGAGACUUUCAAAGAGCCAAGCUGGGCGUACCCGACGCAAACUCAGACCAAGGAAACCUCACCCCGGCGUGGUUCUGUAGCUCCCAAGCGAUCCAACCCUGUUCGCAAGGGAUCGAUUGCUCCUGAAAGUAGCUCCAGUGCUGAAGGGCAGGCGGAAAGAAAACCGAAAUAUCAAGCCUUUGCUGAAGAUGUCGGUGCUGGUGACGCUAUGGACGUCGAUGAGGAUAGCCCUCCGAUAGGGAAGACAAUGUCCACCCCAGCUUCUGCCGCCGCAUUGAACUUAGGUCAAGCGAAGACUGGCGGGCCAGAUACGGUGCCGAACGGUACCGCUGCUGCUUCCUCUACUGUCUCCGCCGACAGGCCUGCUGAUACAGGCCCUAAUCCACUUGCCGAUUUGGGCAACGUGGAGCCAUUUCUCCCCGCCACGAGCCGUGGGCUGGGCCUUGAUGAACUGAAAGAUACCUUACCGUUCAAAUCUGGCACUUCUCAAAACCAUCCAACCAAGCCCAACACGGCCCAGAAGCUGAAGUAUCCUGACGUUCCCUUGGCGCCCUCCGUCCCAGCGAAAUUAGACCCUGCCUCCACGAAUGACUACUUCAACCGCAUGGAGAAUUACGUGCGACAGUACAGGAAAUGGAACCAGAACAUGAUGAGUCACUUUGCUGCGCGCGAAGAAGAGCUCAAUGAUUUGGAGGAUCGCUUCAUACAUCAACGUGGCGAGACCACAAAUCGGAUCGGCUUUCCGGGUUAUUUGGCUCGGAUGAAGGAGGACGAAAGCGUCAUGGCGACCUGGCAACUUGGUCAGGAGUGGCACAUCGCCGCGAUGUUGAAGUGUCAAGAGGUCCGCAACAAAACCAUGAAACAGUAUAUACCAUCUGGCUAAGUGGCUACACCAAGACUCGUGUGACGAGUCGACGUGUGCUAAACCUGUGAAGAAAUAUUCAAGAGAAGGACCGCGAGGCAUUCAAGGGUAGCUGGAUGCCAUCUAGAGUAUGCCACUUCGGGAAGGCCAUCCGACACUCACCUGCGGAGUGUGGCUCCUCUGGUACUGGUAUUGCUCCGAAGGCGAAGGUUGGGGCUGAGAGAAGGGCACCGCAUGUUAUGCCGAAAGCAGAAGCAGUGGGUGUUGCAGCCAGCAGUGAAGCGGUUGUACCCAAGCCGGCCCCUCUCGUACCUUCACCAUUCAGGAAGAGGUAGAAGAAGCACUGCUUGAGAUAGUUUUGCAUUUGUGAUUUUGCAUUGAAGCGUGCACUUGCAAGAUACCCCUUGGGAUGAGCAUUCAGCGAUAGAACAGGAUUGUUGGAGCAUUGCGAAUCGCGUAUAUAUUGCAGUAGGAAAUGACACCAGAAGAUGGCGA